GGGAGCGGUAAAGCUGACCUGGGAGUUCCUUUUAGAUCAGACAAAAAGAAACCAGGAAGUUAGGAGGAAUUAUUACAGUCUGUACAGCUCAGGAUGUUAAAGGCGAUAACCUCCACGGCCUGGUUAUUCAUUAGCAAGAAGGAAAGCUCCGGAGAGAGCAGAACUCUCUCAGUUGCAGGCUUGAAGCAGGGCCCUCAGGAAGAAGCACCUUCCCUCUGGACCUCCAGCUCAGUCCUCUCUUGGUUUUGCCUCAGGGCAGCAGCUACAAACAGAAAGCCAGCUGUGAGUGUCUUGGCCAAGCCCAGAUCUGCCGAGAGAUCCGAAGCGGGAGGUAUGGUGAGUUGCAGCUGAUUUGGAAGCUGCCUGGUGGAGGACAGUGGCUCUGUACAGCUUGUGGGGAGAGGAUUAUCCUCCCCUGCUACUACUAAGCUAGAACACCAUGGGCAGCGUCUGUGUGAGGCUCUGGGCAUACCUGCAGCCUUUUCUCCCCUGCUGGUCUCAAGAGGCAGACAAGUCAGUGGUAAUUGAGAAUCCAGGGGCCUACUGUCCCCCAGAGGCUCCCAGGUCACAAGAGCCGGAGAGAAGCCAUGGCCAGUAUUUUGUGGCUCUGUUUGAUUACCAAGCACGUACUGCAGAGGACCUGAGCUUCCGUGCCGGCGACAAACUCCAAGUCUUGGACACUUCGCAUGAGGGCUGGUGGUUGGCCAGACAUUUGGAGAAGAAGGGAACCGGCUUAGGUCAGCAGCUGCAGGGCUACAUUCCUUCCAAUUAUGUGGCGGAGGACCGGAGUCUCCAGGCAGAGCCGUGGUUUUUUGGAGCAAUCAAAAGAGCAGAUGCAGAAAAACAACUUCUGUAUUCAGAAAACCAGACGGGCGCCUUUCUAAUCAGAGAGAGUGAGAGCCAGAAGGGUGACUUUUCCCUCUCAGUUUUAGAUGAAGGUGUUGUAAAACACUACAGAAUAAGAAGGUUGGAUGAAGGUGGCUUCUUCCUCACCAGGAGGAAAACCUUUUCAACCCUGAAUGAAUUUGUGAACUACUACACCACAACAAGUGACGGACUAUGUGUCAAGCUGGAGAAGCCAUGCUUAAAGAUCCAGGUACCAACCCCUUUUGAUUUGUCAUAUAAAACUGCGGACCAGUGGGAGAUAGACCGCAGCUCCAUACAGCUUCUGAAGCGACUGGGAUCCGGUCAGUUUGGAGAAGUUUGGGAAGGUCUGUGGAAUAAUACCACUCCAGUGGCUGUAAAAACGUUAAAACCAGGUUCAAUGGAUCCAAAUGACUUCCUGAGGGAGGCACAGAUAAUGAAGAGCCUAAGACACCCAAAGCUCAUCCAGCUCUAUGCUGUUUGCACUUUAGAAGAUCCAAUUUAUAUUAUUACAGAGUUGAUGAGACAUGGAAGUCUGCAAGAAUAUCUCCAAAAUGAUGGUGGGUCAAAAAUCCAUUUGAUUCAACAGGUAGACAUGGCGGCACAGGUGGCUUCUGGAAUGGCCUAUCUUGAGUCGCAGAACUAUAUUCACAGAGAUCUGGCUGCAAGAAAUGUCCUUGUUGGUGAACAUAAUAUCUACAAAGUAGCAGAUUUUGGACUUGCAAGAGUUUUUAAGGUAGAUAAUGAAGACAUCUAUGAAUCUAAACACGAAAUAAAGCUGCCAGUGAAGUGGACUGCACCCGAAGCCAUUCGUACUAAUAAAUUCAGCAUUAAGUCUGAUGUGUGGUCUUUUGGAAUCCUGCUCUAUGAAAUCAUUACUUAUGGCAAAAUGCCUUACAGUGGUAUGACAGGUGCUCAAGUAAUUCAAAUGUUGAGUCAAAACUACAGACUACCACAGCCAUCUAACUGCCCACAGCAAUUCUACAGCAUCAUGCUAGAGUGCUGGAAUGCUGAGCCUAAGCAACGGCCAACAUUUGAGACCCUGCAUUGGAAACUUGAAGACUACUUUGAAACAGACUGUUCCUAUUCAGAUACAAAUAACUUCAUAAACUAAACAUCAAGGAAAAGAAGAAAUAUAAUGAAGAUAUGAAAACGUGGGGCUCAUCAGUCCAGAAAUACUAUCUAUUCAACCAACUGUGAAAUCAGCUUAUUUUGACAUAUUCAAGUGGUAGGAUGAACUCAGCCAUGCAUUCCAUAUCAAAAAGAUAAUCUGUGUAUUUUAUUGACUAGGAAACACUGCAGGACAGUAUAAGAUAAUGUGUCAUUUUUCCUCACUGCCUGGUAAAAUCAAUCACACUAAAUGAAGUUAUUUUUUUCCUUUUGAGAACUCCUCACAUUUCUAUUUAUUGUUUGAAUGCCCAUCAAGAGAAUCAACAGAUGACAGUGUUUACUCAGUUACUGUUGUGGCAUUUUCCUGUUUACUAAUUAGACUGGUUAUUCAUUAUUCCUCAAAUUGCUGAAUCCCAUCAGGCUGUUAUUAUGAAGGAAUUUGAUUGCUCUGCUGCACAGCAGGACCUGUGCUUUGAGAUAUUUUUUUUCCUCUCUUUUAAAAUAUCCUGUAACUACAAUAAUGGUAAAGCCAUGUUAAAUGACUUGAUUGUACUUGAAGUAAUUGCACAUAUUUUUCCUAUGCAUAAGAAAAUGAAGCAGCUGUUGAGAAAAAGAAUUAAAAUCUUUCUCAUUUUGUAGAAGAAAAUGAUGGAGUUUGCUCUAUACCUCAGUAUGUGUCAUUGGAGAAUCAUCUGCAUUAGUUUUAAUCUCUUAAUGUCAGGAAUCAGGUUGCAAAGCCGAUGAAUUGUUAUGUAUGGGAAUAUAGGAGAACUACCACAUUGCCUACCAGGUCUGAGAAAUAGAUAUUAAAGUGGCUUAGAGAAGCUAACAGAGAGCUAGAGGAUUGCUGCAGCUUUCUAAGUAAUAAUAAAAAGUUUCUUUGGCAUGCAGGCCUAUUUUAAAUUGGCUUCAAAACAGGCCAAUCAGCACCUGAGGCUAGGAAUAAUGUCUGAAUGUAGUUAUGAACUAUAGAUUUUAUCUGUUAAGUCUGGAUGCUUUUCAGUAUCUUAAUUUUUUCUAACCUUGGAGAACUUCCCUGUUUUCUUAGGCAAUGUGUGUAUCAAAUGUUCUGCAUCACUGGAUGGUUAGCAAGACUUUUCUAAAAUCAGCUCCAUAGAUUCCAGAAUCUUCUAAUGUGCAGCACGGAAUGAACAUUCCAAAAGGAAACCGAGUAUAUCAAGUUUAUCUUUCAUCCUUCUUUAAGAGAGAAGGGACUAUUUAGAUGGUCACAAGGAUCCCCUGCGAAUUAAAAAACAUGCCAGUUCUUUCAACUAGGAACCAGGAGAGCAUCAGGGACUAACCAUUAACCAUUUGGUGAAGCCACUUCCCUAGCUGCAUUUCUGUUACCAUAGUAGAAAUCCUGAAAACAAAACAAAACAAAACCAAAAAACAAACAAACAAACAAACAAAACCAACUUAGAAGAGACAAGUUUUAUUCUAGCUUACCAUUCUAGACCAUUGCAUCACAGCAGGAAGUCACUGUGACAAGAGAGGUUGAAAAUGAUUUCAUCACAUCCACAGUCUAAGAUGAGAGAGACAUAACUACAUGCAUGCAUGCAUGACUUGCUUGUUUGCUUUCUUGUGCUCAGGUCAAUUUCUACACUCUUAAAAUGUUUGGGACACCUUUGCCUAGGAAAUAGCAUGGCACACAAUGGGCUGAGUCUUCCAGGAUCAAUUAACUUAAUUAAGACAAUUCUGUACAGACAUGCCCACAGGCAAGUCUAAUAUAAAGAAUCAUUGUCAACUC